GAAUCGAAUUAUGUCUCAGAACAUCUUCAUGAAUGGAUUGAUCUUAUAUUUGGUUAUAAACAAACAGGAGAAGCAGCUAUAGAUGCAUUGAAUGUAUUCAUGUAUUGUUCAUAUGAAACAGCAGUUGAUGGUAAUACUAUUGAUGAUGAUGUAACACGUGAAGCUAUUGAUAGUAUGAUACAAAAUUUUGGACAAAUUCCAUCACAAUUAUUAACUGAACCACAUCCACCACGACAAACACGUGAACAAGCAACAUUUCAAUUAGAAUCACAAGGACGUCCAUCACAUAUAUUUCAGAAUUUAAAUAAUAUAAAAGCAUUUUUUGUUGAAAUUCUUCCACAUGAGGAAAAAUUAUUUAAUCCAAUUAUAUAUAUUUCUAUUCCAAAAAAUCAACUACGAUCUUUUAUACAUCAAGGUAUACCUGAUGUACUUAUUACUAUUAAUACUCAUGGUGUUAUUGGAAAUAAUGGUUGGCAUCCAUAUGAUCGAUCAUCAAAUAAUUUUUUUACGUUUGAACGAGAUCCAACAUUAUUAUCUGAACGAAAUCGACUUAAUACGACUGCACCAUUUUCACCUUCAAUAGAUAUUAAUUCACGUCUUUUUGCUGUUUCUCAUGAUGCUAAAUUUAUUUAUAGUGGUGCUCAUUGGGAUUGGUCUUUACGUACAUAUUCAAUAACUAAAGCAAAAACAAUUAAUUCUAUUGUUCAUCAUACAGAUAUUAUUACAUGUUUGACAUUAGAUUCAACUGGUUAUAUUCUUAUUACUGGUUCACGAGAUACAACAUGUAUUAUUUGGUAUUUAACAUUAAAUGAACAAGAUUCAACAACAUUUACUUCACCAAAAAUAACACUCUAUGGUCAUACAGCUGAAGUUACAUGUGUUGCAGUUUCAUCUGAACUUGAUCUUGUUGCUUCAGGUUCGUUAGAUGGUACUUGUAAUAUGUAUACAAUGGAACAUGGAAUUUAUGUACGUACAUUACGACCAACGAAUAGUAUUAAUGAUCCGAUUGUAAAUUUAAAAGUAUCUGAUGAGCGACAUAUUCUUAUACAAACAGAACAUGAUGAUACACAUUUAUUUUUAUAUUCAAUUAAUGGUCAUCUUAUUCGUACACGAAAAUUUGAAUAUCAUGUUGUUGAUAUGCUUUUAAGUGAUCAAUAUAUUAUACUUGCUGUUAAUCAUAGUUCACCAAUCGAAAAAAGAUCUGAAUCAACAUCGUCAUCAUCAUCAUCAACACAAACAUCAGCAGUAAUUGCAAGAGUUAUUAUAAAAGAUAUGUUUGAAAUGAUUACUAUUCAAACAAUUCGACUUCGAACAGAAAUCAAUUGUCUCUAUUUAACAAAAGAUUAUAGUCAUUUACUUGUUUCUGUUAAGGAUGGAAAAUUAUUUGUCUUAACAGCAGGAAAAAAACGAGCACCACGAAGGUUAUCAAAAUUUGAAAAAUAA